GUUGCAUGAUACACCUCCGUUUUUCCAGUGUAAACAAUAUUAAACAUUUCUAAUCGCCUUUAAUUCCAAAAUUAUCAUGACUGACGCAGAAUUAAAUAGAUCAGCUAUAAAAUUUAUAUGUGGAGAUAUCGAUAAUGUGUGUAGGUUAUGUCUAAAUAUCAUCGGUCCCGAAAGCAGUAAAAUUUCGAUUUACCAGAUAGCUAUAAUUCAGACUCCGUAUUACAACGACGAAUUAUCUUACCAUUCUGUUUUCCAAGAACUUGGGGUGACAUCGGAACCGGCAUUGCCAGGAUUUUUAUGUGUCAGCUGUGCCACUCUUUCUGUCAACGCCUUCUUAUUCCAAAAGCUUUGUGAAUGUUCUGAGCAACAGUGGAAAACAUCUUUCAACUUGCUCGAAAAGUUUUUUACCCAAUCAGAAACACUCAACACCCGAGCAGUGAGUGUCUUUUUCAAUGUUGAGGAAAAUGAGAUGUUGACAUCCUACAAUCCAAUGCCGGUGAAAAAUAAGAAGUAUGUUGUUGCUAAACUCCAGAGAAACAUGAAAAUUCGGAAGAAAAGGAAAAAUGAAAAGAAUAUAAUCCAGAGAAGGUUUCCUUGUCAGACCUGCGGUAAAGAAUUCUCAAAGUUUUAUGAGCUGGAAACUCAUAAGCAGCAAGUACAUUAUCCAAAAACUAUUGGAUGUGAUUUGUGUACAAAAAAGUUUAGCACUGAAAAACUACUCUGUAAACAUAAAAAAACAAACCAUGUCAGUCUGAGCUGUUAUGUGUGCAACCAAGAAUACUCUUCAAAGAAUUCUCUUAGAACGCACAUGGUCAAACAUACUAACAAUAAACAAGACACUUGUCCACGAUGUAAUAAAGAAUUUAGCAAUCCCCAAUCUUAUAAAUUCCACUUAAAAAAUUGUGGUCAGUAUAUUUGUGAUAUGUGCGGCAAAGAGUAUUCUCAGAAAUGUAGUCUAAUGUUUCAUCUAGCUUGCACACACGGCUUCAGUAAUAACAUACGUACUUGCUUGUGGUGCGACAAAAAGUUUUUAAACGCGAGCACGCUCAAACAGCACGAAGUUAAACAUACGAGGGAACGGAACUUCACAUGCGAAAUAUGUGGUGGAAAGUUUGUUACAAAUCGGGCACUCAUAUAUCAUAGGAGACUGCACACAGGAGAGCGCCCGUACCCUUGUGAUAUAUGUGGCGAGAGUUUCCUAAACUCAUCUAGACGGAUGAUGCAUAAGCGCAGAGUUCAUUUAGGACCAGACAAAGAGUGCGAAAUUUGUUCGGCUAAAUUUCAUUCAAACACUGAGCUCCAGAGACAUAAGAGAAGACAUGAUAACCCACAUUCUAAAGAAUAUUAUGUUCCUAAAGGGAAUACAAAAUCUGGGCUAAAGAAGGGAAAAGUCAAAGUAAUGGUAAACUAUAAUGAAUAUUAUUAGUUUAAUAGUUUUGUAAAUGAAAAGCUUGAAUCAAACAUUUAUCUAGUAGCUGUGCUUUAAUAUGUGGUAACCAGGGACACAACUACACACACCGGUCAAAAUUUAAGGACUGAUCACCAACCAAAUUAUGUAUAGACAA